AUGGUCUUGCCUAGGCCUAAUUUUAUUGUAUAUCUGAAAAAUGAUGACAUUGUUCGUCACUACUUUGUCUAUGAUUCUCACACCAACGACUAUAAGGUUUUGAGACGUGUGAGUAAUUAUUCUAAACUAGUUGCGGUUGAGAUUUACUCCUUAGUCAGGGGCUCCUGGAAAACCCUUACAGCGUCAGCUCCUGCAUAUUUUGGGUUUGGCAUCACUGCUACAUGGCCUUUCUCUUACUGGGUUGUUGUCAAUGAUGCGCUGCAUUGGGUUCAACUCCAUGAACAAAGAGGGAAGGACCUUGUCAUUGUGUCCUUUGAUAUAAGCAUUGAAUUAUUUGGGGAGAUAAUGAUGCCUCAAGGUGUGAGAAAAAUAGAAUAUCCAUACGUGGACUGCAACAUAUGGAUUUCAAAACAUAAGGGGUCCGUUGCCUUGCUCGAGUGUAGCAAUAUGUUCAGGAUCGGUAGUCAACCUCACUCGUGGGUCAUGGAAGAGUAUGGUGCAGUGGAAUCCUGGACCAAAUUGUAUGAGCUGUUCCAGCGGUUAGGGCUUGGGGGGGGGGAGCCCAAAAUUCGUUUCCAGCGGGCCUGUCUAGCCCAGCAGGCUGUGGGUCCCACGGGACCGGGCUAG